CGUGUGUAAUGCAAACUGCUGCACAGGAUAUAGGCUAUGAUGUGACGUAGUUCAUUCACACGUUGGUGGUUACAAUGUAGGCAUCAAUUUCUUGAAGAGGGCCUCAACAUACAAACAAUGUGGUCAUAUUUGAGCGGUACAAUUAAUCUAAAAUACAUUGAGACUGUCAUCAUCUCAGUUUAAAAUGUGUGUGGGUAAUAUUGCAGCUCCGUUGCUAAAACAAGCCUGUUUAUUCUCGCCUAUAACACCCUACCCUCUUUGUGGAAUGGUACCGUCUCUCCACACAUAUUUCAUUAAUACAAUUCAAGCUCCCAAUAAAAGGAGGCGCGCUCCACUAUCUGCAGCUACUACCAUUCACUUGAAAGCGGUGAAAGUAAUGCACAGAGGUGACAACAGCAGGACAGUAUAUUAUAGAAUACGAUAAUUUAAUAGGGAUAGUGAUUUAUUUUGUAAAGUUUUAUUGUUAGUACAUUUUGUUGAUAAGGCAUCAUCAUGUAUCCGGACUCGAUCCCAGACUACGAUGACUCCUCGAGCUCGUCUAUCAGCAGCAGCAGCAGCAGCAGUACGAGCAGCACCUGCGCAGCAUCGCCUACCGGAGAUAUCCCCCAGUGUAGCCAGCGAUCUCCAGAUUCACACAGGAACAAAUCAUCAAUGGACAGCAACAUGUCGCAGGAUGUCUGCGGAGAAACAGACUCUCCAUGGCAGUCUCCCUUUGUUCCAACGGUGACUGCAAUCUCAACCUCCCUGGAUCUGCACUGGAUGUUCCAACAGACCACCGUCAUCACAUCAGCAUCAGUCUCCUCCUCCUCCUCCUCCUCCUCCUCCUCCUCCUCCUCCUCCUCCUCCUCCUCCUCCUCCUCCUCCUCCUCCUCCUCCUCCUCCUCCUCCUCCUCCUCCUCUUCCUCUUCCUCCUCCAGUGGACGUGCAAAGCUUAGCAGAGCGCAUGGCGCAACCCAGUUGUCUUCCAGAGUGGAAGGCAGCAAGAAUGGGAAAAAACAGCCUUCAUCAGAAGAGGACGAGAGGAGAAAUAUCAGGAGAGAGAGGAAUAAAGUCGCAGCGGCCAAGUGUCGUAACAGACGGAGGGAGCUCACCGACACCCUGCAAGCCGAAACUGAUCAGCUUGAGGGGGACAAAGAGGCCUUGCAGACAGAGAUAGCCCACCUCCUGAAAGAGAAAGAGAGACUGGAACAGAUCCUAUCCACCCACCAACCAGCCUGCAAACUAGCCGUCGCUGAGGACGAUGUCGAAAAUGAGAUCGACGAUGACAUUGAAGGCAUUCUACAAGACGCCACAGAUUCUGCCCAGCUGCUCUCCAUCUUGGAGAAUGCAGACAAACUCCAACUCCCAGAAGGCAAUGCGACAGUAGUGACUGUGUCCAAGGGCCCCUUGUUCCAAGAAAUGGACACCGUCCCCGUCCCAAGCAUCUCCAUCUCAGCCUCGGCAAUCUUGGGUAACUCCAACAUCCUACUGUGCUCCAUUGCUGAGGAAGAACCCAUGGAGGAUCUAGACCUCGACCAGGGUGACCUACAGGACCUGGUCCCCAGUCUGGAACUCAACAUGGCUGUGGCCCCUGAGACCGCCCCGUCUGUUCCCGACAUCGACCUCCUCGGGGGCCCCUUCUGCCUCUCAGACUGGGAGACCCUGUACAAGUCUGUGGCUAAUGAUCUGGAGCCCCUCUGCACUGCCACAAUGAUGUCUUCCACUGACAGUCCUACAUGUAGCAGUUAUUACCGCUCUGUGUUUUCGUUCAAUUACUCCGAGAUAGAUCAUGUGGCUGAGGAGAAGGGGUGUUGUGAGAGCUCCGAGGGUCUCAAAGGAGUUGUUAGCGGUAGAUCUGAUUUGCUUAACGGUCGUCUCAAUUCUCCCACUCUGUUGGCCUUGUGAAUCUGUUAUGAACUGGUUGGAGAAAUAGGGCCAGUUCCCCACACACAGAAUAAGCCUAGUCUUAUUAAAACCUAAUAAUAGCAUAUUCAAUAAUGAUUCUCCAUUGAAAGUGCUCUCCUAGUCCAGGACUAGGACUAGAUCUGUGUCUGGGAAACUGGUCCAUGAGGUUGAUAUUGAAUCAAUAAGCUAUGGUCUAUUUAUCUAUUUAUCUAUCUAUCCCCUGAUGUUUUGUUAACCUUUAACACCAAAUUAAAUGGUUACUGUGACUGUAACAGUGUUAACUUCUUCCAGAUAUAUUGGUGCACCUGUGAGGGCUGUUCACUCUCUUGAGUAGUGGUGGAAAAAGUACCCAAUUGACAUGGGUGGGUCUUAUAGCUCAGUUGGUAGAGCAUGGCGCUUGUAACGCCAGGGUAGUGGGUUCGAUUCCCGGGACCACCCAUACGUAGAAUGUAUGCACACAUGACUGUAAGUCGCUUUGGAUAAAAGCCUCUGCUAAAUGGCAUAUAAGUUAAAGUAAAGAUACUUUCAUAGAACAUAAUAGAGUCAAGUAAACGUGAAAGUCAACCAGUAAAAUACUACUUGUGUAAAAAUCUAAAAGUAUUAGGUUUUUAAAUAUACUUAAGUAUUCAAAGUAAAUGUAAUUGCUAAAAAUAUACUUAAGUAUCAAAAGUAAAAGUAUAAAUAAUU